CGCUCUGUUUCUGCCACGUGGCAUGCCGCUUUCAUCCCUGGUCCAGCUGUCGCCGCGCCAUUCGCAGGGGCCAAUUGUGGUGGCGACGCACAAUUGCCACCUGGACGAUGUGCUGGCGCAGGUCCCCCCCGCGCGGCACAGCGACCUGGUGCUGGUGCAGAACGGCAUGCUGGACGGCUGGCUGGCAGAGCACGGCCUCUCUCACUCUGUCACACGCGUGCUGCUCUACAUGGCCGCCUCUGGCUCUCAAGGGGGCGCUUCUGGGGAAGGCUCUUCUGGGGAAGGCGCUUCUGGGGAAGGCGCUUCUGCGAGGGACGCGUCUGUGAGGGGGCCUACUGGGACUGCUUGGGGAGGCGCUGCUGGGAGUGAGGGAGGGAAGGAAGGGGAGGAAGGGGCAGCGCAUGCGAGGUGCCAGUCCCAGCAGCACAAGAACAAGGAGACGGAGGGAGCAGUGUGGGAGGCGCCAACCCAGCCCCAGCUGCCUGUGUGCUUCACGUCGUCCCCUCGUUACCCCCACGGCGUGCGUAUCACGGAUGGUGGGGGGCGAUCCGUUGCCACCGGCAGGUGGGCGCCACUCAUAGCGCGUCUCCUCUCCGCCUCAGAAGUCCCCUGCACACCUGUACCCGCCAGCACCUUCCGGGAACUAGCCGGGGAGAAGCUGCUCUGGAGCUGCAUCUUCUGGCUGCUCUGUGCCGCCAGGGGCGGGGCUCCACUUGGGGAGGUGGUAUCUGCGGACAGGGGUACCAUGAGGGCGCUGGCGGGGGAGCUGUGGCCGCUGCUGGUGGCGUUCUGGCAGGAGGGGGGGAGUGAGAGCGGGGGAAGGAAGGGCGAGGGGAUUGUGGGAGGUGCGAGAGAGGCAGGAGAGGAAACGAGGGAGGCCACGGGGAGCAGGGAGAAAGGGGAGAGGGAUGAGGGGAAGGGAGAGGAGGAGAGAGAUGAGGAGGGAGAGUACGAGGUGAUGUGUGAACGGCUGUGUGCCUACUCCAUGGCUAUCCCCGCAGUGGUGCCCAGCAUGCCCAUGGCUCUGGCCGAGUUCCCCUGGCGCAAUGGCUGGUUCCUGCGCUCCCGCCCCACGCCCAUGCACACCCGCCUGCUCGCCUCGCUGCUGCCCUUGUAUCCUCAAGCCCGUGAUGUCAUUCUCCCAUACCUCCCAGCUGAAGAGGCAAGCACCCAGGCCAGCAGGUGUGUCCAGCGGAUGGGGAGAGGAGGUGCAUGGGAGGGAGGAGGACGGCUGUACGAGGGAGGGAUUUGUGUUGCAGCUAGAGAUGAAGUUGGGGAGAAUGUAGGCUGGGGUGGGCAUGGGGGAAACGAGAUGAGGGUGGGAGAUGGGGUUAUGCAUGGCAGGGGGUGCAUGGCAGGGGGUGCAUGGCAGGGGGUGCAUGGCAGGGGGUGCAUGGCAGGUGGUGCAUGGCAGGGGGUGCAUGGCAGGGGGUGCAUGGCAGGUGGUGCAUGGCAGGGGGUGCAUGGCAGGUGGUGCAUGGCAGGGGGUGCAUGGCAGGUGGUGCAUGGCAGGUGGUGCAUGGCAGGUGGUGCAUGGCAGGUGGUGCCAUCGAAGGUGUAA